AUGACUACCCAAGUUCAGAAAACGCCGGUGCUACCCACUUUCAAGCAGUCGCUGAACUUGGUGCAGAACUUGCUCGGAACGAGCAUCGGCGCCAUCACGUACCUGCGGAUGCUGUUUCCAGAGGAGAACUACAAAGACACAUCUCUGAAUGGACUCGCCAUCAAGUCGCUGCGUCGAGACUACUCCUUUGAGGCAGACGAGCUCAUAGACUGGAUUGAACAUGGUGUUUACGAUGCCCUCGAGAAGCGAUACCUCAAAACGAUGGUAUUCUUCAUUUUCUACGAUCCGAGCGACCCAUGCAACAUAAUCGAGAGCUACACUUUCAGUUUCUCCUAUCCCUCAGAGCGCCAGAUGCACGUCUCUUUCCACAUGGACGAUCACCAGGUUUAUGCUCUCAAGACCAAGGACGAGAUCAUGAAGGCCACAAGCGAGAUGUUGCGUCGGCUGUUGGUGCUGACGCAGACUCUCAAGCCUCUCCCCGAAAGCGCCUACAUUUCCAUCCGGCUCUUCUAUUACGAUGAGGUCACCCCAUCCGAUUACGAGCCACCGUGCUUCAGGCCCGAGUCGUCGGGAGAGCAGUUGUUUUUCCCUUACCAGCCCGAAAAGAUCCGCAUUGGAGAUGUCUUGACGCCAUUUCAUGCCGUCAAUCUGCAAAUCCGGACCGCCACGGACUCGCUGAUCUCGCGCAGCGGGAAGUCAGCGCUGCCUGGCUCUUCAGGAUCUCGAUUUGCCCAUGACCACGACGAAGAGUGGUUCUCUUCAGGUGAUUCUUCGGGCAGCCACAACGACCCGGUUACCACCAUGACCCAAUGGAUCACAUGA